UUUUUUCCUUGGGUACAGGCCGUGAUGGGAGCCUGAGAGUUCAGCUGGAGAGAGAGGAGCGAGAAAAGAAGAUGAUUCCCUGGGACGGAGCUGUCAAACCAAAUUGGGGCGCAUUUAGAGCCAUUGUAUAGUCAAUAUACAGUUAAGGUGGAGCCUGUCACUUUUUUCCCUAGAUGUGCUUUUAGCAAACAGUCGAUGACAAUGUUGAUUCGUUAGCAGCCUUUUGGAUCGAAAAAGGAGGUAGCGUUAGCUGUUGUUGCUAGCUAGCUAGCUGGCUGGCUGGCUAGCUCGCUAGUUAGCUUACGUUUGAGUGACUGGAUGCUGGUUUUAGGAACCGGUGACAUCGCUGUCAAUCACGGCAACCGCGAUUGCGCAAGUCGCAGGAUCGUGUCUGGCCUCUGAGGACAUCUGCAUGCAUUUUAUUCGGGACCUUUUGCAGGACGACUCGAAGGAUCGGGGGACAGUCUGGCCUGCACGGGGGAGCGGAGCGGGGCCCGUCUUUAUGAUCCAGAGGAAACCUUUCUAAUCCUAGCCCUGCAGGCUAGCUCCUCUCUGCAAGGACCUGCAAAAAUCCAGGCAGCGGCAAGCAAAGCGGACACACGAUCGGACAGCCAGUACUGUAAAAAGAAAAAUUAGCUUUCAUCAUUUACAUCCUAGCAGACUUCUGUAACCCGCUACAAUGACUUCGUAUAUAAAAGAAUUUGUCAGCAGGAACAAAAGGAGAUAUCAGGAGGAUGGCUUCGACUUGGAUUUAACAUAUAUCUACCCAAACAUUAUAGCUAUGGGCUUUCCUGCAGAAAGACUUGAAGGCGUGUACAGAAACAAUAUAGACGAUGUUGUAAGGUUCCUUGAUUCGAAGCAUAAAAACCAUUACAAAAUUUACAACCUCUGUGCAGAAAGACACUACGAUGCUGCCAAAUUUAACUGCAGAGUUGCACAAUACCCAUUUGAAGACCAUAACCCACCUCAGGUGGAGCUAAUCAAGCCGUUUUGUGAAGACCUGGACCAGUGGCUCAGUGAGGAUGACAAUCACGUAGCGGCAAUCCACUGUAAGGCCGGCAAAGGUCGCACUGGAGUGAUGAUCUGCGCGUAUCUCCUUCAUCGCGGCAAAUUUAUGGAGGCCCAAGAAGCACUUGACUUUUAUGGUGACGUCAGGACAAGGGAUAAGAAGGGAGUAACAAUCCCGAGCCAGCGCCGCUACGUCUACUACUACAGCCACCUACUGAAGAACCAGCUAGACUACAAGCCAGUGGCGCUGCUGUUCCACAAAAUGGUGUUUGAAACUCUCCCUAUGUUCAGCGGGGGCACCUGCAGGGACAGUACCGUUAAAAACAGGAGUGAGCCGAUCCCUCAGGGCUUCAAGAAAGGGAAUUGGCAUUGGGAUCCCCAGUUUGUGGUGUACCAGCUGAAGGUGAAGAUCCACACAUCAAAUCCGGUACACACACGGCGCGAGGACAAGCACAUGUUUUUCGAAUUCCCCCAGCCGCUGCCAGUUUGUGGAGACAUCAAAGUGGAGUUCUUUCAUAAACAGAACAAGAUGAUGAAGAAGGACAAAAUGUUUCACUUCUGGGUGAACACUUUCUUCAUCCCUGGACCAGAAGAGGGUGGAGAGAAGUUGGAAAAUGGGACGGUGAUUAACGACACAGACAACCGAUCCAAUCAGCAGGCGGGUUUAGGGCAAGGCCAGCUGCAGAGCGCACUGAGCAUGCCGCAGAGCGUGCAGCAAAAUGCGCAGCAGAGUGUGCUGCAGAGUGCGCCGCAGAAUGCCGAGCGCAGGGACACCGACAAGGAGUACCUCAUCCUGACUCUGACUAAGAAUGACUUAGACAAGGCCAACAAAGACAAAGCUAACCGUUAUUUCUCACCAAACUUCAAGGUGAAGUUGUAUUUUACAAAAACCGUGGAGGAGCCUUCGAAUUCCGACGCAAACACAUCGACAUCCGUCACCCCGGAUGUUAGCGACAAUGAGCCAGAUCAUUACCGAUAUUCUGACACCACUGACUCUGAUCCGGAAAAUGAACCUUUUGAUGAAGAUCAGCACACACAAAUCACAAAAGUGUGAACUCUUUUUAACAGGAAAAAAGAAAAUAUACAUCUGAAAAAAGGAGAAAACUUGAAUAUAAACUGAAAAGAAGAAACUUUGACCUUUUCCUCCCCAAGACGGCAAUAGAAUAUCAUCAUGUCAAAUGCCAAUUUUAGGGAAAAAAGAAGAAAAAAAAAAAGAGUAUCCUGACCAAUAUAUUUUAUUGUUUUUCUUUUUCUUUCUUUCUUUUUUCUCCUUCUUUGGCACAGCCGUGUACCAUGUGCAAGGUUUUGACAUUGUUGCCCCAUGGGAGAAGGUGCUGUAGCUAUAAAAAUGUUUAUAUAUAUAUACAUACCUAUUUAUGUAUAUAAAUAUAUACAUGCAUAUAUAACUUUUUGUGUCAAAGACAAUGGAAAGAGUACAACAAUCAGGAGACGGGAGUUGAAGUAUGGGAGAAGUUAGAAUGAUAUACUAGGAUUAUGCUGCUCCUUCUCCUGUCUAAACCAAGGCCAGUGCUGCAGUCACUUUGUUUCACUUUCUCCUCCUUCUCAACUUUUACUCUCCCUCCCUCCCCUCCUUCCUCUCCUCCUUUACUGUGAAUGCUUCUUGUGCUCUUUGCAGGCUGUCUCACGUGAAUUUUUGGCCUUUGUGCAGUGCAAACUGCAUGCUGGCAGUAGGACGGGGGGUGGGCGGGGUUUUGAAAAGGCUGUGAUGAUGUCUAAAGCAUUGUCAUUCCUGUUCCCACUGUGUAUAUGUUAAAUUAUGCAGAACAAGGCAUCCAAUGUAAUUGUCAAUGUUUUUUUAUCCUAAGAUAAUAAAAUAUAAUACACAAAACA